AUGGAGCAAUCCUUUCGGCUCAGAUUUAUGUCUUCAAAUCACGAAGCCGAGUACGAGGCCCUAAUAGCCGGCCUCCAACACGCACUAGGCGUGGGCGUAAAAGAGCUCGCAGCGUUCAGCGACUCGCAACUCGUCACUAGCCAGUUCCAUGGGAACUACGAUACGAAUAACAAACGGAUGGACGUGUAUCUUUGGGUUGUUCGAUCUCUGACAGAACAUUUCUCAUCGUUCGAGCUCACCAAAAUCCCACGUGGGGAAAACUCAGCAGCCGACGCCCUAGCCGCACUCGCUUCUACCUCCGACCCAUUGGUCAAACGGGUCAUACCCGUAGAAAGGAUAAACAAGCUUAGCAUUCCCAUUCCCUUCAAAGCUCAGAGCAUCCAUCAGGUCGAGAGCGGCAUUAGACCCAAUGAGGAGAAUCUCGAGCAGGGAGGCGAGACCGAGAGCAUCAUGAAAGAAGCUCACGAAGGACCCUGUGGAAAUUAUUCUGGAGGUCGAUCAUUAGCCCUCAGGAUUAAAUGGCAAGGGUACUUCCGGCCGACCAUGCUCGCAGAUUGCGACACGCAUGCUAAAAGCUGCGACAGAUGUCAACGCCAAGCUCCCAUGAUCAAUCAACUCGCCGAGCUGAUGAGCUUGGUCUCCGCCCUUUAUCCCUUCAUGCAAUGGUCGAUGGAUGCCAUCGGCCCACUCGAGCAGUCAGGAAGGCGACGCGUAAUGCACCUUUUGGUCGUAAUUGACUAUUUUACCAAGUGGAUCGAGGCUGAAUCCUACCAAUCAAUUACUGGGGAACACGUGAAAGAUUUCCUCUGGAAAAACGUGGUUUGCCGUCAUGGCGAAACCGCCUUCUCCCUAGCUUACGGAAUCGAAGACGUUGUACCAGCAGAGAUCUCUGUAGGCAGUAUCCGCCGAGUUAUCUCCUCCGAAAAUGAGACUAUAAACGACGGGGCAUUGCUCGACAACAUGACUCUUAUUGAUGAAAAGAGAGAGCAAGCCCUAAAGCGAGCUCAAAACUAUCAGAAUGCUAUAGCCCGCUUCUAUAACUCUAAAGUCCGACCCCGAAAUUUCAUUAUCGGAGAACGCGUACUCCGCAAAGUCUUCGAUCACAAGAAGGAGAAGAACGCCGGGAAGAUGGGAAUGAAGUGGGAAGACCCCUACAAGAUCACAGAGGUCGUUCGCAACGGUGUAUAUCGCCUUGUUGACGAAAGUAACGAAAAGGCCGAGCCACGGCCUUGGAAUAUCAUGAAUCUAAAGAAGUACUUACAAUAA